AUGAAAAAAUCCAGUGAUGCCAUAGUCAUAUAUCAUCAGGAUGACUCUGAUCAGAACGAGAGCGAUUGCAGAUCCUCACCAGAUAUAUCGAUAGAGGUCGAAAAGGCCAUAGAUCAAUCAACUUCGCCAAAAUCACCACCAACACCUCAGCCUAUCAAAUUGACAUCCAAAGGGGCUAUUCAAUUGACCAGCUCACCCAAUAAUGCGCCAUCCAAUGCAACUACAAAUGCCAUAUUAAACCUCAAGAUCAACCCUUUCUUUCAUGAUAAACGCAAAUGGGACGAUUCAUUCACUGUUGCCGAAAAGAAGGAAUUGACAGGAAAUAUUGUCAAAGCGGCCAGGGAUAACGAUGGUGAGACGUAUGUCACGCUGCAAGAAGAAGAAUACACAAUUCCCAAAUCAAGCAACCAAGAUGAAGAAGACGACAGCCAAGAGAGCGAUGAUGUUGAUGCCUUAAACAAAAGACCUGGCAGGAAACCAAUGGCUGAUGAAGAAUCGCUAUCUGAUCCUGACCAAGAUCCCAAGGUGAAACGAAAAGCACAAAACCGCGCUGCUCAAAGAGCUUUUAGAGAAAGAAAAGAGCGAUAUGUUAAAGAGUUAGAAAUUAAGAUUAAGCAAGUACAAGAUGCUCAUUUAGUGGCCACUGCUCAGCUAGUGCGAGAGAAUCAGCAACUAAGAGCCAUCAUAUAUCGAUUGGAAUCCGAGAAUUAUGCCCUCAAAGGUAUCCCCAUGCAGUCAUACCAAUCACAAGCGCCGCCAUCUGUACAUCAACCUCCACCUCGCACCACCUCCAAUUCGAACAACUCAAAUUCCCCUUAUGCCAACAUUGCUCCUCUCUUACCACAAACACCCAAUCAGCAGCCAUUAUUACUUCCUGCGUACCUGUCAAAUUCGCCAACUCCCAUGUCCUCUAUUCUCCAUCCAACCUCAUCGUCCGUGAACCAAAUGAUGAUGCUGGCCUCCAGUCCCAUGCAGCAAUAUCCAAUGUCACCUGUUGUGUCAGCUGCUAUACAAAGCACAUCCCCUACUCCAUCAGCAAAGUCAAUAUCCAAAAAAGUGUCCUCCAAACAAAACAAAUCGACUCCUCCACCUCCACCUACCAACAACCAACCAUUGGAAUAUACCUUCUCAAUCAGCACACCCGCUUCAUUGAGACCCAAUGGAGGUGCCAGUAGUUCUUCCUCCUCUUCCUCAAAGCACAAUAGAUCAGAGCCCGUAGAAUUGGUUCAAUUGUAUCCACCCGGCGGAAAUCAUCGACCCAAUAACAGCAGCAGUAAUACAGAAUCGUCGCUGAAAAAGAGUGAUUUGGUUAUGUUAUCGCCUGGAAAUUCACAAAGUAACAACUCAGCCAAGAAAGCUGCCAGUGUGACAAGUGUCAGUAGCAGUGGGUCCCUUUCCAACGCCACUGUGCCAUUGACAUCAGCUACUACCCCAUCUUCCUUGACCAAUGGGUAUCACGACGAUGCUAGCAGUAUCAUGAGCGACAAGACCAGUUCAACAGUCAAUACACAGCAGCAACGCAGAAAGAUGCAGCAGUUGGAGAUUGACAUGUUUGAUUGCCAUAUUGACACUGAGGGCCAAUUAUUCUGUGAGAAACUAUAUAACGAAGUCUGCAACGAUGCGUUUGAUCGAUUACUAUCUGAACCCUUGUUUGAUCAAAUGGGGAAGCUCAACUUGUCCAUCAGCAGUUACCCUGUACCAAUCGUCACUGGCCCCAUGUCUUUUGAAGAACAACAACGCAUCAAGGGCAAGAAACAAGAUGGAUCUACUGAAGAGACACAUGCUACAACGGAGAAGGAUGCGGAUACCAGUGUUCGAGCGGAUAAUGCAUCCUCUCCGGCACCUACAACAACACCUACAUCAACAAUGCCUUCCACAAAACCAGCAGCCAGCAGUAGUAGUAAUACAUCUGCCCACCAAAAUCAACAAAAUCAGGUUCGUUUGUUAAAUUGCCCCGAGAUCUGGUUCAUUUUGAAUCAACACGACAAAUUCAGUAAUUUCACUACAGAUCAGCUCUGUCAAGCUGUCAAAGAGCUCGCUAAAUGCGCUGACAGUGGGCCUGUGUUGGAGGAAUCUGACUUGUUCAAUAUUUUGACCAGAAUGGAUCACGGGCAUUUGUAA